AUGGAUGAAUCAAUUGAUGUAAAUGAUGCUCUCACACAUGCUUCCAACCCAGAUAACAACAUAAGGUCAAUAGGAGAAGACAUGCUAAAGCGGCUCCAAAAUCGUGAUCUUCCCAACUUUCUGCUAUAUUUAUCAUCUGAGCUCGUGAGGGAGGGGAUUCCAGAAGAGUCUAGGGUACUUGCUGCCAUCACCCUUAAGAACUCCUUGGACUCGAAGGAUCCUGCACUCAAGGAUGCACACAAGGAUCUAAUUUGUCUAAAAUGGCUCAGCGUGGAUAAAUCUAUCCGAUUAGAGAUUAAGAAUAACUUGCUCAUGACACUAGAAAUUGAUUCAAGGCCAUCUCAUUCAAGGCACCCCUCGUCAAAAGUUAUUGCAGAAGUUAUUGCGAGGGUUGCAUGCAUGGAGAUACCCCGGAAUCAGUGGCUGGACCUUGUUGGUAAAUUAAUGGACAACAUGGCAAGUUUAUCUUCUUCCCUAAAGCAAGCAACUCUAGAGGUGCUCCAGUAUAUCUUCAAGGCAAAGAUCCCUAACGUUGUCAAGCGGGAUCAAGUGGAUGAUGUUAUUGCUAGUGUCAUCAGUGCACUGAACGACGAGGUGCUAGGUUCUCAAGUCCAUCUGGCAGCCCUUAAAGCUUUACACAACAUUUUUGAGUUUACUAAGUUUGAAGGCCAUGAUUGGAGAGGUGCUAUAGAGGCAGUUUUUGCUGUGGCUUAUAGAACAUCUGGAACAGAGAUCCCAGAGGCAGCAUUUGAGUGCCUCGUUGCAAUUGCAUCCACUUGUCAUACCAAAUUCGAACCCGACGUAGAAGUGCUGAUGCGUAUUACAAUGCAAGCUUUGAAUGGAGAUGUGGAAUCACUUAAAGUCCAAUGUAUCAAGUUGUGGAUCACUAUUUGCGAAAAAGAGAUUGAUUGGCUAGAAGAAGAAGAAGAAGAAGAAGAAGAAGAAGAAGAAGAAGAAGAAGAAGAAAAAGAAGAUAAAGAUGAAUCUUACUUUACUGGUCUUCUCUAUUCAUUGGUCCCACUUCUCCUACAAACUUACUUAAAUGAAGAAGAGAGGGAUUUAGAACAAAUGGACAUUUGGAAACAGGGAGAUGAAGAUGAGGGAGAUGGAAACAUUUCUCUGACCGGGGAACAAGAAGAAGAGGGAGAUGAAAAUGUGGAACAAAAGGGAGUAAACCUUGAAGACAAUUGGGAACAAGAGGAAGAUGAGACUUUACAAGUCAUUUCCAUGACAUGCCUAGGCCUUGCAGCUAGAAUUCUGAAGGGUGGAGUUGUCCCCACUGUGAUGCAUUUUGUUGAGGAGAACAUGAAUGGGCCACAUAAGAUAGCUGCAUUGUCUCCAUUAGGUUUUAUCCUCGAAGGUCCCUCAGUCAAGCAGCUUGCUCCUCUAGUUGAUUUAUUGCUUGCCUUGAUGGAAUAUCAGGCGGAAGGUGUAAGAGGCAGGGCUGCAUGGACUCUUGGGCGGCUGUUUGAGCUUGUGGAUGCACAUAGAAUCAUGAGAAAUGAGGUGGUGUCCCUGGAUAGGAUCAUGGAGCUCUUGAUAGAGAGGAGCUGUGAUGUCCCUCAAGUGUCCAUUGAAGUGCAUGGAGCUCUAUAUUUUCUUGCACGAGGUUAUGGAGAAGAUGCAAAGUCAGGGUCAAAGUCAAAUUCAUGUGAGCUUUCACCUUUUGUUAAGCCUCUUAUUGAUGCUCUCAUGCGUGCUUCCGAUCUGGCUAGGGAGACCCCUUUUAGUUUCCUAGCAUCUCCUUAUAAAGCAUUGAGUGAGAUUGUGGAAGUUAGUGACACCCGGGACUUACAAGUUUGGGAGGCUCUUAUGGGCUUGAUGUCUCAUAUCAUGAGGAGAUUCAACAUUGUGCUUCAUGGUCAUGGUGCAAUUUCAUCUCUUCAGAGGAAGAACCAACUUGAGGUCUUGUUGUGUGGUCUAGUUGAAGUCUUAAUCCACAAGCUUGGAGAUACACUUGAGGGGUCUGCUAAAUGUUUGUUGCUGUUAUUGUGCCCUCUCUUAACCCGUGAGAGUACAAGUGCACGUAAUGGAGCAGCCCUUGCCAUUGGUGCUCUUGCUCAUGCCAUUGGUGCUGAUUUUGGACAACACAUGCCUAUGGUGCUACAAUAUUUCAGUGUGAAGCGACUCUCUCCACUUUAUUUAGAAGUUAUAUGUGAUAUAUGCCAUGUCUUGGGAAAAGAGGGAAAAGAGGAAGAAGUUGUGCCGUGCUUUGAUCAUAUUAUGGAAGUUCUGUAUCAAGGUAUGGUAGAAUUGACACUUCAACCUCUAAUUCUAUCAAGCAUUGGACAGAUUGCUCUUUCUCUUGGUGAGAAGUUUGAGAAGUACCUGCCUCCAGUUAUGGAAAAGCUUUUAGUUAUGGAAAAGGCUGUUCAACUCGAUCAGGAUCCUCAUGAGGAUCAUAGUAACAAGGUUAGAGAGGCAAUAUGUAAGGCCUACCAUGGCAUAAUAAGGGGAAUAAGUGAUGCAAAGUCUGGAUUCAAGGUAGGAAUGGCUCUACUUGAAUUCAGUGAACAGGAGAGAAAGAGAAGGGAGAGAAGGACCGUGACAGCAAGGGACGAAAGGAUCAUGACAGCACUAGUUGAUGCCUUGUCUCAGCUUCCUCCUAGAGUGGGCGUUUGGUCAGAGGCGUUUAUUCUAUCGGUGCAGCAAGCAAAUAUUUAUUAG